AUCGAGGUAUGUUUCUUGUUGUAAGUAUUUGACAGUACAGAGGCCUCUAGAACAUAAGUAGUGUCUCUUGACCUCUUCAGGCUACUCAAUUCUUCAACGUUGAAAACAAAUAUUUGUUCCAGCUGUACCUGAUAUCAUACUUGGUCCGCGAACUAGCCACUCAAGAUGGACACCAAGAGCGACACGUCGAACUACUAUGACUGCCUGAUUAUUGGAGCAGGAAUUUCUGGUAUAAAUGUAGCAUACCGUCUGCAGGAGCAAACAUCCAACAAAUCGUAUGCAAUUUUGGAGGCCAGAGAUUCUCUAGGUGGCACAUGGGAUCUCUUUCGCUAUCCUGGAAUCCGUAGCGAUUCGGACAUGUACACAUUCGGCUUCGAAUUCUAUCCAUGGAAAGAGUAUCGCACAAUGGCAGAUGGAGCAUCUAUCAAAGAGUACUUGAAGGAUGCUGCCAACAACUUCGGAAUCGAUAAACACAUCCGUUAUCGCCACAAACUUCAAUCUGCAAAUUGGUCCACAGACCAACAAAACUGGAGUCUCAAAGUCGAUACACCUCAGGGCGAACAGAAUCUCCGCGCCCGCUUCAUUGUUUUCUGCACAGGUUAUUACGACUUCAAUGAGGCCAUGCCUGCUACAAUUCCCGGUAUCAAAGACUUCCAAGGAAAAGUUGUCCACCCUCAAUUCUGGCCAGAAGAUCUGGACUAUGAGAACAAGGAUGUCGUUAUUGUUGGAAGUGGCGCUACUGCUAUAACACUUCUUCCUAACAUAGCCAAGAAGACCAAUAAAGUCAUCAUGCUCCAGCGGAGCCCGACAUAUAUUGCCGCGGUGCCCCAACGAGACAACCUUUCAUACUGGCCCGCCAAGUUUCUCCCUGUCAGCUGGACAUACAAGCUCAGACGCAUACAGUUCUUGAUCCUCCCCUUCCUCUUUUUCAAGUUCUGCAAGGCUUUCCCUGAUCGUGCCAGAAGACUUCUGAAAAAGGGAGCUGCAUCUCAGCUACCGGAAGGGUAUCCCUUGGAGCCCAACUUCGAGCCGAACUAUGGACCAUGGGACCAACGUCUGUGCGCGUCUCCCGAUGGAGACUUUUAUAAAGCCAUCAAAGACGGACAAGCCGAAGUUAUCACUGCUUCAAUCAAACAAGUCACAGAGAAGAGCAUUCACCUUGAAGGCUCCGAUCGUGUCUUGACCCCUGACAUAAUCGUUACCGCCACUGGGUUGAAGCUUAUCAUGGCGGGAGGAGCCAAGCUCUCUGUUGAUAACGAGCCUCUCGAGGUGCCGCAGAAGCAUCUCUGGAAAGGUGCUAUGAUCGAGGACGUCCCUAAUGCUGCCAUUGUUAUUGGCUACACGAACGCAUCCUGGACUCUGGGCUCAGACGCGACCGCACAGUUUGUCACUCGUCUUAUCAACCACAUGGACAAGAACGGUAUGACACAAGCAGUGCCCAGGGUGGACAAGAACUCUGAUAUGCAGGACCAAUCUGUCCUCAAUCUCAGUUCUACAUACAUCGUUAAAGCAGAGGGUAGUCUGCCUCGAGCCGGAAAUAAAGCUCCUUGGCUUCCGCGCUCACAUUAUCUGAGAGAUUUGUGGGAGAUGAAAUUUGGCAGCAUUACGCACGACAUGCAGUUCUCCAGGAUUUCGACGUAGCGAUAGACUGACUGAGUCUGCCACUUCAAUAUUUUGGUAGACAUUACACUGUAUAAUAAUCUUGCAUAAUUUACAACUAAACUUGGCCAAUCAUAGCUCGGCGGAUCUACUCCGCAAUUCGGACCGACCG